AUGUGUGAAUCCAGGAUCACACAUCCAAGUGUUAGGAUAAGUUUGCCACUGCCAUGGGUGUUGGCGGGAGACGAGGUAUGGUGCGGAGGGCGCCUGUGCGGAUCCUCCAGCGAAAUGGAAUGCUGCAGCUUCGACCCCUUCAAUUGCUGCAACAAGAACAACCAAUAUUGCGACCAGGAAUCCUGCGGAAUGAUACAGGAUGGCUGGUACUGCGGGGCAUGCGGCUCCUUCGACGGCAACUCGUGCUGCAAUGACGGCCUCACAAUCUGCCAGUCCCAGGUGUGCGGCCACAAGGAGGACUACACCUGCUGCGACGUGAACCUCCGCUGCUGCACCAUCGUCCCCCCAGAGCCGGCGCCGACGCCUCUCUACGCACUAUGGUGGUUCUGGGUCGGCCUCAUUUUCUGCUUAACGCUGCUGUUCUUCAUCGGCUUCGUUCUCUGGAGUGACCGCCACUUCAUCAAGUACAAUAUCGACAAAGCCAGAGACCACCAAAGCCACUUCCAUCGUGUCAAACAGCGAGAGGGAAAAGGAGACAUGAAGGACAAGGAAUAA